UAUCUUAAGUAUAGCAAGGGUUUGAUGGUGCAGUUCUUGAGCAAGUCUUCUUCUAGGUGGCUCAUAAAAAGGUUGGCAUACUGUGAGGCCAUUUUGGUGCCCAUAGCUGUUCCCAUCAUGACAAAUAAAGUAGCACUGACCAGUAUUAUAAGUGUUGCAGACAUUCCUGAAUAUGAUAUUUGAAAAAGACUCAUCUUUAGCAUUUCCUAUUGACUUCAGCAGGCCAGAAUUCUGCAUCAAGAGCCAUAUAAUUUUGGUCAACUAGGCCAUAAUGGAGGUCCUUUUUUAAAUAGCUAAGUUGAUAAAAGGACGUCAUGACAUUUGGCUUAAAUUUGACACCCUAGUUGGUGAAACUACUGUCAGCUUACUUCUUCUCCCAUUUUACCAUAAGUAUAGGGGAAAAAAUAUUUAAAAUUGUAUAGGCAUGGAGAAGGGGAGGGGGAAAUGUUGAGCCUAGUACCAUCCCUCAGAUCUUGUUUCGAAAACGGUUGUGCUCUGGUAGGUAUUUAAAAUGCUGUUUUUCUUUUAAUUAAAACUAAUAAACGUUAAGGUGCUUAUAGAACCACUUUUGCUUCUGUAAAAAAUGAAAUCUUCUUGCUUUCCUUCAAAUCUUGAGACUUGAGGAAAAUAAAUUGCUUGAAAACUAAACAUAGCUUUCUAAAGCUGUGAACAAAAAAAGCUUUUGGGGGUCUUUGACCUCUUUUCCUCCCCUUAAUGUUGGGUUUGAAGAAUUCUGGUUAGCGAUACCUGAAAAAUAGCUGAACUAUUGUAUUUUGUUGACUUUUUUAUGAAUUAGCUAGCAUGUAUGUAUUGUUGCAUCUGUCAACUUUGGAUAAUGAAAGGGUUAAAUGAGCCCAGGAGUAUUAUUAAAAGAUAAACUUGUUUCAUUUGAAUAAUGUACUACAGACACUUAAUUACUGGUUUCUUAUGUUGGGAGAAGGUAAAAUUUAAUUUUAUUGCAUGCAGACUGAAAAUACUGUAAUGGUUAAGUAAAUAUUGAGUAAGAAAAAAGCCAUCAGUAUGACCUAUUAAAAUAUAUAUAUAAAUGGUCUAGUGUUCUCUACUGUUUGGACUUUAUCAACAGCAGUAAAUAAUCCCAUGUUAGCAUGGUAGGGUUUAGCACUGCAUGAUGCAUGGCUUCUGUAUUCAGAAGUACUUUCAUGAACGGACAUUUACCUCAGACACUCGUAGUAACAGUAAGAGUAUCAAUUUUUAAAACCUCCACCAGGUGCCAGCAAAGGGCCUUUUUGGUCUACAUGAUAAACUGAAACACUCAGAAAUUGUCCAAGUUAGUUCAGUUUUACAUUUUUGGAAAAUACUGCCAAUAUGUUUUUGCUUGGUUACAGAUGAAUUGUUAUAUAAAACAAUCACUGUUACAUUAGCUAACUGUGAAUAUAACUUAAAAGUCUGCAUACAAUAAUUGUUAUAGUGUAGCUUGGAAGCCAUCUCUUUCCUGUCGGUUGCACCUACUGGAUUGCACACUUGUACUGCAAUUGGGAGGGAAAAAAUACAUUGUGAAAUUCAGAUUUAUGUCUGCUUCUAGAUGAAUAGCUACAAACAAACUUCAGGAGUCGACAUGCCACUAAAUAACCUGGCUAUCUAACCUUUUUUAAAUACCCAAAGAAGCUAGUGCCGAUCAGGAAUUGCUGGCCAACAAACUGGAUAUUUCAGUUUGAAACGUAUGGAUUAGGAAAAGUGGAUGAUAAUGCUAACAAAGCACAGCUUUGACUUGGAAGGGGUUGGAUGUACACAUUUCAGAAAAACAUUUGAAACCUUGAAUGGUAAAUUAUAAAGUGGACAGUUUUAUACUUAAUUUUAACUCUUCUGCAUCUUGCUUAAAACAAAAAGCUAACUAAAACAGUAGAGGGCUCCCCUAAUUGACAAUCAAUGUUAUGUAUGAUUACUGAGUAACUUUAAGAUUCCUGAAAUAACUUCUGUUUUUUUAACCUUUUAUUAAUACAAAAUUGGUUAGUUUAUCGGCAUAUGCCGAUAUUCAAACUUUCACAAGUUUUUUAGCAUGGCUGCUAUUUGGAAAUUCAAUGCUAGAUUUGGUACUCUGUUAUAUGGGACUUCAUUCCUACCAACUUCCUGUAAUUCUAAACCUCUGGGUAAAAAUAUUAGUAGUCAUACGCUGCUGAGGGAAAGUACGGACACAUUGACUCAGCUAGUGUAGCUGCAGGAGGAGUUGCUGUUUUAAACUCGAAGUAUUAGGAGAUUAUUCUUGAGUUGUAUUCAUUUAUGCAACUUACAGAAGGUAUAAUUGCAAUACGCUUGGCAGUAUUUGUCAGAAUGCGGCAGCUGAGUUCAGUUUAAAGGUCAUUGGAACUCAAGUGCUUUGUGUGUAUACUCUCUGACUACAAGCAAUCAGACAGUCCAGAAACUGCAUUUCAGGGAAUGGCUGAUUUAUUCCAGGAGACCAGAGAUGACUUCCUAGGCCAAGUGGAUGUUCCUCUUUAUCAGUUACCGACAGAAAAUCCAAGUAUGGAGAGACCAUAUACAUUUAAGGAUUUUGUUCUUCAUCCAAGAAGUCACAAAUCAAAAGUUAAAGGUCAUCUUAGAUUAAAAAUGACUUACUUACCUAAAAAUAAUGGAUCUGAAGAAGAAAAUACAGAACAGGCAGAGGAAUUAGAGCCUGGCUGGAUUAUAUUGGACCAACCAGAUGCUGCUUGUCAGCUGCAACACCAGCAACAAGAAAUUCCUCCUCUACCUCCAGGCUGGGAAGAAAGGCAAGAUAUACUUGGCAGGACAUAUUAUGUCAACCAUGAAUUCAGAAGGACACAAUGGAAGAGACCAACUGCUCAGGACAGUACGGCUGAUGCAGAUCAUGGGAGCUUUCAGUUGGAAGCACAGCAUGCAUUUACUCAUCGGCAUCAAAUAUCAGAAGAUUCUGAAAAUCUAGACAACAGGGAUUCUCCUGAGAGCUGGGAAAUCAUAACUGAAGAUGAGGCAACUAUGUAUAGCAAUCAGAGUCUACAAAUGCCUCUGUCACAGUGUAAUUCUGAUGUACAGACUCAGCUUGCAGAAGAAUUGAAUACCAGACUUACUACCUCCGGGAGUUCAGCCAGUGGCCAACCAGCUUUUUACACUAAUCAUUCCAACAGAAGAAGUAGUCUGCAGACAUACAGGGUUGAGGAACAGCCUGCACUUCCUGUGUUAUUGCCUACUUCAUCUGGAUUGCCUCCAGGUUGGGAAGAAAGACAAGAUGAAAAAGGACGUUCAUAUUACAUAGAUCACAAUUCCAGAACUACUACCUGGAUAAAGCCUGUUGUGCAGACUACAAUAGACACGGGUCAUCUAUCAACUGUCCAGAGUACUUCUACAGGACAGCAGCCACCAUCAAGUGAUUCAUCACAAUCUGAAACAGAGCAAGGAUUACUCCCUAAAGGCUGGGAAGUCCGACAUGCACCAAAUGGGAGACCAUUCUUUAUUGAUCACAAUACCAAAACUACUACAUGGGAAGAUCCAAGAUUGAAAAUUCCAGCUCAUCUAAGGAGAAAGACCUCUCUAGAUCCCACAGAUCUAGGUCCCUUGCCACCAGGAUGGGAAGAGAGAACUCAUACAGAUGGAAGAAUAUUCUACAUAAACCACAACACAAAGAAGACACAAUGGGAAGAUCCACGACUACAGACUGCAGCGAUUACUGGACCAGCUGUGCCUUACUCCAGGGAUUACAAAAGAAAAUAUGAAUUCUUCAGAAAAAAGUUGAAGAAGCAGAGUGAUAUUCCAAAUAGGUUUGAAAUGAAAGUUCAUCGCACAACAAUCCUUGAAGAUUCUUAUAGAAGAAUUAUAGCUGUAAAAAGAGCAGAAUUCCUUAAAGCAAAACUCUGGAUCGAGUUUGAUGGUGAAAAAGGAUUAGAUUAUGGAGGAGUGGCAAGGGAAUGGUUCUUCCUUCUCUCUAAAGAAAUGUUUAAUCCCUAUUAUGGAUUGUUUGAAUAUUCUGCUACAGAUAACUAUACGCUGCAGAUCAAUCCAAAUUCUGGCUUGUGCAAUGAAGAUCAUCUCUCUUACUUCAAAUUUAUAGGUCGUGUAGCUGGAAUGGCUGUUUACCAUGGCAAGCUUUUGGAUGCCUUUUUUAUUCGGCCUUUUUACAAGAUGAUGCUUCAAAAACCAAUAACGCUUCAUGACAUGGAAUCUGUGGACAGUGAAUAUUACAAUUCUCUGAAAUGGAUUCUUGAAAAUGACCCAGCAGAAUUGGACCUCAGGUUUAUGGUUGAUGAAGAACUAUUUGGACAGACUCAUCAGCAUGAUUUGAAAAGUGGUGGAUCAGAAAUAGUAGUUACCAACAAGAACAAGCGAGACUAUAUUCACCUUGUAAUUCAGUGGAGGUUUGUGAGCAGAGUCCAGAAACAAAUGGCUGCCUUUAAGGAGGGAUUUUUUGAACUAAUACCACAGGACCUAAUCAAAAUUUUUGAUGAAAAUGAAUUAGAGUUAUUAAUGUGUGGACUAGGAGAUGUGGAUGUGGCUGACUGGAAACUACAUACAAAAUACAAAAAUGGCUACAGCAUAAAUCACCAAGUUAUACAGUGGUUUUGGAAGGCAGUGUUGAUGAUGGAUUCCGAAAAGCGGAUACGAUUACUUCAGUUUGUCACUGGCACAUCCCGUGUACCUAUGAAUGGAUUUGCUGAAUUAUAUGGUUCAAAUGGACCACAGUUGUUUACAAUCGAACAGUGGGGCACCCCUGAAAAACUGCCAAGAGCUCAUACUUGCUUUAAUCGCUUGGAUUUGCCUCCAUAUGACUCAUUUGAAGAUUUAUGGGAAAAACUCCUCUUAGCAAUUGAAAAUACUCAGGGUUUUGAUGGAGUCGAUUAGGCCACAAAUAGAAAUAGUGUAUGUUUGAAUUAACUUUCUGACAUUUCUUUCUAAGGGUUUACAAACAAAAUUAAGAUAAAAGGGAGCUACUGUUGUAUUCAGUUAUUUGGCUAUUGAACUUUCAAACUCUCAUUUAUCAAAUUCGUGUUGAAAAAAUUCCCUAUUUUUAAAGCACAUUUUGGCACUUCCAUAGUUCUAUAAAACUUGUUAGUGGCUACAGUAUGUACUUUGGAUAAGCUAAUACCACCUCAAGCUCAGUUAAAUAUAUUUUUCAGCAGUUGGCCCUUCUACAGUAUUCACCAGAUUGUCCUACAGUAAACUACUGAAGUGAAACUGUGAAGAAAAAGUGUAAAUUUAAAACUUGCUGAUCUAAGAGCAGUAAUUGAAGGGGUUAAAUGGUAUAAGGAGUAUUUAGUGUAUUGCAAUAUAUUCUGUGCUGCUUCAGGCUGUUUAUUACAGAUCUGCCCAAAGCACCUUACUAUUCAGCAUACUGGGUAAAACAGUGGAAAGUGGUUGUGUUUCCUAUUUGCUGUCAGCUUGCAGAAUGUUGACUUGCUCAUUAUAAAGUUUAUUUUUUAUCUUUCUAACUUGGUUUUAUUGAAAUACAGUUUGAUAAAACCAGGAAUUUUAUAUGAGACACAAGCAGCAUGUUUCUGAAUAGUUAUAAGAAAUUAUAAUCUUUGUCUGAUUUUUAUAUAUAUAUAUAUAUAUGGCAUUGGUUUCCUGGGUGUCUGUCGCAUUUUUGAUAAACAUAUAGUUUAACAAUUAUAUUUUCAGUUAAGACUUUUGCAGCAAAGUAAAUCUUAAAUCAGAAUUUGUAUGAAUGCCACAGAGUAUUAGUUAAUUUGGUAUUUAGAUGCCUUUAUUAUUCAUUCUCGCAGUAUUGCACAACAGAAUAAUAACAUGUUUACAGGGUUGUAUGGGCCAAAUUCAGCAAUCUGAUAUGUGCAGACUUCUCUGACAUCAUUGGAAGUUGUGCACAUGUAUCCAGGGCAGAAUUUGGCCCUAUAAUAUGUUUACAGAUUAUGCUAGUUCCUAUAGCUGCAUUUUUAUAUUUUUUAUUUCUUUACUGUUAGUCUAGAAACCAAAUUUGUUAAUGUAUAACCAAAGUCAUAGCCAACAACGUGCAAUUUAUUGUAGAUCAGUUCUUCAUAAAUAUAAAGUGUGAUGUCUUUUGUAAA